AUGUCUGUCGGGGAUGGAGCCAAAGUCGAUCGACGAGGGCGAAGUGCUCCCCGUCGUUAUGUGAACGAGCUUGUCCCUACUAAUUAUAAAAAAAAGGUUGAUAUCAACCAUGGUCGUCUGCGUUCUCUCGUGCAACCAUGGGCAUCCAACCGGCCAGCAGAACAAAUGGCGCACACCAUGGGGCGCCACCAGUUCGCGCUUUCCGACCAAUCUACAAUUCCGGCCAGACAAAAAACUAGCAACACAGGUUUAUCCCAGUUUUGCACACUCUCUCACGACUCACAAGCACCGGACAUUUCUAUGGCGGCCCUGCCCACCGCCGGCGCCGGCAUAUCCGCCGCCGAAUCGCCGCCGUCCCAGAGUCAGCUCAUCCCCAACCUCCCCGAAGACAUCUCUCUCCAGAUCCUGGCUCGAGUGCCCCGCUUUCACUACCCUCUCCUCUCUCUAGUUUCGAAAUCGUGGCGGUCCGCCGUCAGGUCCGCCGAGCUCUUCCUCACCCGAUCCAUCCUCCGCACGUCCCAAUUCUCUCUCUGCCUCACCCUCCGCGUCGACUCCUCCUACCGAUGGUACGCCGAGCAGAGAAAUCCCCAAAGUUCCAGGCGCUCCCUAACUCCCCUCCCGUCAAUCCCACAGCACCUCGUCGGCUCCUCAAUCCUCGCCCUAGGAUCCAAGAUAUACGUAAUCGGCGGGUCGGUCAACGACGUCCCUUCCAACAGUAUCUGGAUCUUCGACUGCAGCCUCAGCAAGUGGACCCCGGGCCCCAAGAUGCGGGCCGCCCGGGAAUUCUCCGCCGCCGGCGCGUGGGGCGGGAGGAUCCUCGUGGUGGGCGGGUGCAACGUGGACAGCUGGACCCGAUCCGCCAACUGGGCCGAAUCCUUCGACCCGAGCACGCGGCUGUGGUCCCCGGUGCCGAGCGCGGUCGAGGUCAGGGACAGGUGGAUGCACGCGAGCGCCGUGAUUGGGGGCAAGUUCUACGCCAUGGCCGACAGGGGCGGGGUGGCGUACGACUUGGGAUCCGGUGAGUGGGGGCCCGUGCCCAAGAGGCUGGAUCUGGGGUGGCGGGGCCGGGCGGCUGUUGUUGGUGGCGUGCUGUACUGUUACGACUACUUGGGGAAGAUCAGAGGGUAUGAUGUGGAGCGUGAUGUGUGGAGAGAGCUGAAAGGUGUGGAUGAAAGCCUGCCGGAGUUUCUGUGCAGCUCGGCCAUGGUGAAUCUGGACGGGCGGCUCUGCGUGGUGUGGGAAGGGAGAGGGAGAGGGAAGGAAGUGGACGUGAUGUGUGCGGAGAUCGAGGUAGGUAAGGAUCUGGAUGGGGGCUUGCGGGGGAGGGUUUUGGGGGUGGACGUGAUUCUUGUGGCCCCUAAGGGGGCUUCAAUCUCGAAUUGCUGCAGUUUAGAGAAGAUGGAUAAGGAAGUUGGACGUUACAAGUUACGACCGCUUUGGUUGAUGAAUGAUGAUUGCCACUUGCAUUUGGGGUUUCUGGCCAGAAACAUGUUCCUCAAACUUCCAUUACUUCCUCAAUAUACCUUUGAGAAUUUCUUGAUUUGGAUGCAAUCAUCCAAGUGGAAAAUCACCUUCAAUUGUCAGCCUGCUCUUGCAUUGCGAUUUCAGAUAAGCAGGGCUCUUGCAUUGCUGUAAAAUGUCCGAAUAGUAACACAAAGAAGUGUGUAUCCUUUGGGGGGAAUAUAGAUUUAAUAAUCUGGUUUUUGUAAGUGUAUUUCAGAUAACCAGGGCUCUUUAUCUUUGCAGUUUUUAUGUUUUUGAGUGCCUUACCACAUGAAAAUUUACAAGGGGUGGCUUGUAUUAUGGUUCAUAUCAUCAUAUAUUAGUAUGUGUACUGGAAAUUCCACAAGAUGUUUUGUUGCCUUAUGAUACACAUAGUUACCUAAGUUAUACAUGCGACAAUUCAUGAUAUGAAUAUUAUUUAGGGGGGUGUAUUCAAUUCG